AUGCAAACAAACCUACACACGACCUCCGUGGACCUGACGAAAACCUUUGACACGAUGAAUCGCGACGGACUGUUGAAAUUCACGCAGAAAUUCGGCUGUCUUGAGUGCUUCACUCACGUGGUUUUGCAAGAGGACAUUAUCAACGUAAUUGAUUCUCUCCGAGCGGAACUUAUAGCUGCGAGAAAAAAAUCAGAAGCUUUGGAAUUGGAGAAGAAACAAAGAAGUAGGGAAAACGAAAAUGAAAUUCUUGAGCUGGAGAGUUCUCUUAAUUCGUUAAUUCAAGCUACCCGUACCAAAGACAGAGCAUACAGCGCUGUGCCUUACGCGACUGCCGAGACUGCGCAUCAUUAUGGAGAUAAUUGCGCGCGCCAGUCAAACAGGGUCACUGAGGACAUUCGAGAAGCAUUUUUAGAAAAGCCGACGUCUGGAAACGUCAAACCAACAUAUGUGAUGGAAAACCCCGAGGCCACAGAAGAGCAACCGCUUGAAAUUGUUUUCCAGCAUUCGGACCUUCCUGAAAAGUUCCGGUAUCGAAACAACCAAAAACAGGAUUAUUUGGCAGAAUUGGGUGAACACUUAGCAGAAGCUGAUAAAAAGGCUGCGGACAGGACAUCCGCAAUCGUACAGAAGCUCCAGGCCCUCGAACAGGCCCUUCAAAAGUCCGAGAAAAACGAGGCCCAAACUCAAAGAGAACGUGACCCUAUGCAUAAGGCGCGACCAGACCAGUCGCCCCGCGUAGAAGCCCUACAGGCGGACAGAUCUAGGAAACAGUACGAAGAUUUAUAUGGGGCGGCUGUGGAAGCCCUUGAACUUGGAAAGCAUAUUCUCAAGGACGUGGACGAGAUGGCAUUUAACAGCCUGUUUACGACUGGCCACCGGGGGGUUCAUGCACUGCCGUCAAUAAUCUUCUGCCUCUAUUCUGCUAUUCGAACCCUGAGAUCGGAAUUGGCUUCUAAAACGGCAAAAUAUCAGCAGUCAGCCGAAGUUAUAAAAAACAUCAAGGAGGAAAUACUGUCAGACAAAUCGAAAAUGGCGUCCGAUUUCGAUAAGAGAUUCAAGGAAGAGAAAUCCAGGAUGCAUUCUGAGCUAGCUGCCGCCAUCCAGCGUGCUGAACUGGCUACUCAGGAAGCUCGAACCAUCAGCGAACGAGCAAAUAAGGCUCGGGAAAGUCUUCAGCAGGAGCUGGUUGAGAAGAAUAGGACGAUUUCUGAGCUAAAGAGAGCCUCUGCGGACGAAAACACGAAGUUAAACGCAAAUAUUAUUACACUGGAGGCUAAAAUACAUGCCCUGGAAACGUCUCUAGAGGAAUCCCGACGUGAGACCACUCGAGUGAAAACCGAACGAGACGAGGCAACGAAGCACUACUCCUCCCUGACUGCCAAACUGGAAGCAAGAGAGGAGCGCAUCCACACACUGGAAAAUGAUUUGCUGGAUAAAAACGACAGGUGGCGCAAUACUGAGCGGAAACUCCAGGAGGCAACGGACGCGCUGAACCGCCUCUACGAAGUGACCACACAGGCCACCAAAACAACAACUGACAUUAAUUCUCUCCUGGAAAAGUUCGGUCACAGAACGAAAAAGGAACCCGGGGUGGAAGAAGCAGCAUCGCCGAAGAAGCCCCCAAGUCCAUUGGAAGUAGUAAAAAAACUGUGCACUGAGCAAACUACCGGAAACAAUAAACUGAAACGACCCGGUCACAGGAAACAUGCCCAGGAUUCAGGCUACAGGGCUCGGUAUGAGUGGGUUCUUCGUUCCUCCAGACUGGUCACCGAACACCGACACCUGAUUGCCCAGAAAAAUUCCCUCACGAGCGAAAUGGAGAAACAAGCCAAACUGAUGAAAGAUUCCCAGAGUACAAUUAACAAACUGCGAUCACACAUCGGCGCAAUUGAACGAGAACGCGCCGGUAUCACUAAUACCCUUGAACUUAAACAGACCCAAUUACAAAGAAUCUCAAAGGAGCGGGAUUACUUCUUACAGCUACUCAACAAGAAGACCGAGGAGGUAGCUGCACUGAAAGCUACGCAAGCGAAAACGCCCGAGCCCGUCAGUCCACCCCCUAUUAAUACUUGA